AUGGUGAUGAUAGAGAUGCUCGUAGGGUAUUUGUUGACAUGGAAGAUCGAGUGGAGGAGAACUUAGCAGGUUUUGUUGACGAAGAAGAGCAUGAUAAUGAUGAGGAUACUCCUCCUAACUCAGAUUGCGAGGACGUUGAAAGAAGAUAUAUGAGGUGCAAAAAAGGUAGUGGAGAAAUAAAAUUAGAGCAAGUCUUUGAUAGUAUAGGUGAGUUUAAAGAAGUUGUGGUUGACUAUGCUCUUAAGAAUGGAGAGAAUAUAAAGUUUACAAGAUGGGGUUCAGAGAAGAGUGAAGUAAGGUGUUCCAUUGGAGGGAAUUGCAAAUUCAAGAUCUACUGCUCCUAUGAAGAUAAAAUUGGAAAGUACAUGGUGAAGACAUGCAAUGAUGUCCAUGCAUGUACAAAGGACGGGUUUAGUAAAGUGAUCAAGAGUGGAGUCCUUGCUCAGUUGUUCUUGAAUGACAUAAGGAAGGAUCCGACAUUCAAGGCUAAGGCGAUGCAAGAUGCGAUUGAGGAGCGUUACACCAUAGUUGCUACUUAUGAUCAGUGUCGGACAGCUAGAGCAAAAGCAUUGAAGAUGAUUCAAGAGGAAUAUGAUGAGCAAUUUGCUCGUCUACAUGAUUACAUGGAACAUCUUUUAGAAUCAAAUCUGGGUUUGACAGCGGAGGUUGGAAAUGGGCAGUAUGAGGUUCUCGAAAACAAACAUGGAUUCAAGGUUGAUAUGAAUGCAAAGACAUGUGCAUGUCGAAGAUGGAGUAUGACAGGGAUCCCUUGCCGCCAUGUUUUAAGAGUCAUACUGACCAAGAAGCACAAUCCUAAAGAUUAUGUUAACUGUGAUUGGUACUUGGCAUCAACAAAUGUCAAGAUUUACUCUGAGUCAAUCUCAGCAGUUAAUGGCAUUGGUUUUUGGAUAAGAUCUCAGGAGCCUAGGAUUCAACCACCACCACGAGAAGUUACAAAAGGUCCCAAAAAGACAGAAAAAAAGAAAGAAGGGCAAGAAUGAGUCUCCAAAGAAGAAGUCAAAAGGAAAAGAAGAACAAGAAUAACCGGAGAAGAGAAUCAAAGUUUCAAAAGCUGGACGAGAUAGUCGUUGUGGCCGGUGUAGUACCGUCGGUCAUAAUACUAGAAGUUGUCCGGCUCUGGGAGUUGUUGGUAGAAGGUGGAAGAAGAAGAAAACUGGUGAAGAACCAAGCCAAGGAAAAAGCCAAGAACCAAGUCAAGGACAAAGCCAAGAACCAAGCCAAAGACAAAGCCAAGGACUUAGUCAAGCACCAACCCAAGGACCAAGCCAUGGAAUGGAAUGAAUGAGCUGAAUAGAAGGAAGGGACGAAUGGAAGUUAGUUUUUUGUUUUUGUCCGAUGAGAUUGAAAGUUUUUGUGGUAAUCUCAUGGUAGUUUAUGGUUGUAGUUCGGUGAAUUUCAAGUUUUUGUUGUACUCAAAACAUGGCUUCUAUUUUUCAUCUAAUCAAAACUUAUUGAAGUUU